AUGGCGACCAACAUAACCUGGCACCCCUCCCUCUCGCGCAGCGAGCGCAUCGCCCUCCGCGGUCAGCGCGGCUUCACGCUGUGGUUCACCGGGCUCAGCGCCUCUGGCAAAUCGACCGUCGCCACCGCGCUAGAGCAACACCUCCUACACCUGAACAUCGCCGCGUACCGGCUGGACGGGGACAACGUGCGCUUCGGGCUGAACAAGAACCUAGGCUUCAGCGACGCCGACCGCCAGGAGAACAUCCGGCGCAUCGGCGAGGUGGCUAAGCUGUUCGCUGACAGCGCCCAAGUCGCCAUUACCUCCUUUAUCUCGCCGUUCCGGGCUGACCGCCAGCUUGCGCGCGACCUGCACGCCGUCACCGCCGACGGCGAGGUCCCCAUCCCCUUCGUCGAGGUCUACGUCGACGUCCCGAUUGCGGUUGCCGAGCAGCGCGAUCCGAAGGGUCUGUAUAAGAAGGCGCGCGCCGGCGAGAUCAAGGAGUUUACGGGCAUUAGCAGCCCUUACGAAGCUCCCGAGAAUCCCGAGAUUACUAUCCGCACGCAUGAGAACUCCGUCGAGGAGUGUGUUGCGCAGAUUGUCAAGUGGCUUGAGGAAAAGGAUUUGAUUCCUACAAAGACUGCUACCACUACGGCUGCCGAUGCCGCGGGAAAUUCUGGCGUUGCUGCUCUCGCUUCGUGA